AUGUCUGAAGCCAUCCAGCAACGGCGUUGCCGGAUCGACUCCCAGCCGCGACUGAAUGGGCGGAUCCGGCGACGGUCGGGUAGGGGAUUUCUUGUCCCUCGGCGACAACAACCCGGCGACGGCGGCUUCUCCGCGGCGGCGUCAACCGCCGGGGACGCAGCUGGCGGGCGCCAUGAGGAUGAGCUGCGCCAGAGCAAUGUCCCUCCGCCUCCGCCGGAGGGUCCGUUCGGCGGACCCCAUGCGGCGGUGCCGAGCUUCGGCAACCCCCCACCGUGGCCGGCGGCAUUCGGGCCCCAUCCUCCGCAUCCGGCGCCGUUCCCCGGCAACCAUCCCAACCUGGUGGGCUACGGUGGCUACUAUCCGCCGCCGGCAGCGUUCGGCACCAACCUUCCGCAGCUGUCCCCGUUCACCGGCGUCCAUCCGCAGCUCCAUCCGUUCGCUGGCCAGGAUCCGCGGUUCGCUUCAUUCGGCGGCACACCCCAUGCGGGCCAUCCGUUCAACGGCUUCUUGGUGAACGCGUCUUCAUCUGACGCGGCUCAAGGCGGUGAAGGGAGCGUCGCCCGUGGCCGUGGAUGCCGCUCCGGCCGUGUCCCUCCAUCGCCCGGUGCGGGGACCUCACGGACUCGGUCCGCAGCGCGCAACGCCAUCAACAUUGACGACGACGGCAGCGCAGGGCAUGCGGAGGACGACGACAACGACGAUGGCAGUGACGACGGGACCGACAAUGAAUCCUCGGGGUUACUGUCAAACCUCUCGGGCGUUACAACGCGCCCAAGCAUGUAUGGGACAAGGUCAAGGAGUUUCCCAGAUUGAUGAGGAGCAUUCCACCUUGGAAGGACAAACUGUUUGAAAUAUUCAAAUAAUGUAUCAUUGACUGGGAAAAUAUGUUAGCCACAGCCGCUUCUGAACCCUCGGAGGUUGAUCCAAUAAGUCCAACUACAACUGCAGGAGGCCGGAAGCGGUCCAGCAGUGCGGCAACCCAGUCUACCGCUACAAGUCCAUCAAAGAAGGCAAGAUCUGGCAAGGCAACCCAGUCAACAGCAGAAAGUCCAUCGAAGAAGUCAAUAUGGGUGAAGCCGGGUUCCACAAGGAAGGGCAAAAUGAAAGUGACAUCGCUUUUGCAGAAGCUCAUUGAUUUGGACAGCACAGAUCAAGGGCCUCAACAGAUUUUGGACAAAGCGGUUCAGAUUAAGAACCAGGAGGAGCAGGAGACCAAUGAGGCAAUCAAGACUUGCUUGGACUUGGCAGUU